AUGGCACCAAACGGCGUGAACGGCGUCCACGCCGAGGACGACGAGGAUGUUGACUACUCCGACAUUGAGGCAAAAUAUCAAGUUCAGUUCGAAGAGGGUUUUGACAACAUAUUGGUGGUCGAUGGCGUCCCCGUUAUUGACCAGUCGAAGCUGGAGAGGCUGCUCGCGAAGAUCGCGAAGGAGUUUUCCCGCAAGGGCGCGCCCAUCAAGCCGGAUGACAUAUCCGUGCCAUGGGAUGAUGCGACUGGAAAGAGCAAGGGAUAUGUCUUCAUCGAGUUCAAAAAUGCGAACGAUGCCGCUUUUGCGAUGAAUGCCAUGCACGGGCAUCCGUUCGAUGCUAGACACACCUUCCUGGUCAACCGAUUCACCGAUAUCGAGCGCUAUGCUAACCUGGACGAAACGUAUGUCGAGCCGGAGCCCGAGGAGUACAAGCCCAAGGAGCAUCUUCGUGCUUGGUUGGGUGAUCCUUAUGGCAGAGAUCAAUAUGCUACCUACCGCGAUGAUGAGGUUGAGAUUCAUUGGCAGGGCAAGCCCUCACAAUGUGAGGUUGCUUUCAGCCGAAAUAACUGGACAGAUCUCUAUGUCUCAUGGUCACCUCUUGGCACAUACCUCGCAACUCUUCAUCGUCAGGGUAUACAACUCUGGGGCGGCACUUCAUGGGGGAAGCAGCAUCGAUUCGCGCAUCCGAUGGUGAAGCUCAUCGACUUUUCUCCCAACGAGCAAUAUAUGGUCACAUGGUCGCACGAUCCGAUCAUGGUUCCUGAAGGUGCGCAACAGGGCCCACAGUACUUCUCUCCCGAGGAUGAAGGCAACAACGUCGCUGUGUGGGACGUCAAGACCGGUGAUCUCCUCCGCACAUUCCCGACAGUCUAUUCAGAAGGUGAAGAUGUCAAGAAGCAGCUGCAAUGGCCUACUCUCAAGUGGAGCGCGGAUGACAAGUAUGUUGCCCGAGUCACACCAGGCCAACAAAUCAGCGUGUAUGAACUGCCAAGCAUGGGCCUCGAAGGAAAGAAGAGUAUCAAGAUCGAGGGCGUAGUUGACUUUGAGUGGUGCCCACAGGGGGAAAAGGACCGCGAGGACGCGGAGGCGGAGGCCCAGGGCAAGACUACUAAGAAGCCCAGAGAGAACAUGCUCGCAUACUGGACACCCGAGGUUGCUAACCAGCCCGCACGCGUCACUCUGAUGAACUUCCCGAGCCGCACCUCUCCUCGGCAGAAGAAUCUGUUCAGUGUCUCUGAGUGCAAGCUCCACUGGCAAAACCAAGGUGACUUCCUCUGCGUCAAGGUAGAUCGCCACACCAAGACGAAGAAGUCCAUGUACUGCAACCUUGAGAUUUUCUGCGUGCGCGAAAAGGACUUCCCUGUGGAAGUCGUUGAGCUCAAGGAUCCUGUCACCGACUUCUCUUGGGAGCCGAAGGGGGAUCGUUUCGCGAUCAUUUCAAGUAGCGAUCCGAAUCUCUCCAACCCUGCACCCGGCAGCGCUAUCAAAACCGACGUCAGCUUCUAUCAGCUCGUGCGCGGGAAGGGUGACUUUAAGCUGCUUCGGACAUUGCCAGGCCGAACUAGCAACACUGUUCGUUGGUCGCCGCGAGGGCGUCACGUCGUCCUUGCGACAAUUGGCUCUUCGACGAAGUCGGAGCUGGAGUUCUGGGAUCUUGAUUUCACCUCCGAAGACAUCGGUCGUAGGGAGGGACCUUCGAAGGAAGAAUGGGGCAGCGGCAUUCAGCAUCUAGGCACGGCGGACCACUAUGCCGUGACCGACGCUGAAUGGGAUCCUAGCGGCCGCUAUCUGGCCACGAGUGCAAGUGCCUGGAGGCAUACGCUCGAGAACGGUUAUGCCAUCUGGGAUUUCCGCGGCCAGGAGCUCGAGAAGCACAUCCUCGAUCGCUUCAAGCAAUUCCUAUGGCGUCCGCGACCGCGCACGCUUCUUACCAAGGAGCAGCAAAGGCACAUUCGCCGGACUCUCAAGGAGUACAGCCGCGCCUUCGAAGAAGAAGAUGCUGCGGAAGAGAGCAACGUCAGCGCCGAGCUCAUUGCACAACGUAAACGCCUUGUGGACGAAUGGAAUGCCUGGCGCGAUCGGGUCAAGGAGGAGAUCGCAGAAGAACGCACACGUCGUGGGAAGAAGGUUGAGGGAGAGAGCGAGGAGCAUGGUGAGGAAUCGAAAGAGGAGAUUGAGGUAUGGAUGGACGAGGUCAUUGAGCAGAUCGAGGAGGAGGUUGUGGAGUAGGCGCGCUGGUGUUGUUUAGUUUAGUAUCUGCUGUCGUCAAUCGCUUGACAAUUCCAUCUGCCGC